CGUACAUACCAAACCACUACUGUAAAACAAUCGCUUCCCCCUCGCAACCGUGUGGCCUCCAUUGAUCCCAGCCCGCGCGUGCUGGCUGCCCUUAUUUUCUCGCUCAACGCCUCUGUCACUCCGCGGCAAAGGUGAGAUUUCCACUAGUCCACCCCCACGAUCUGAUAAUCAGAUUAACGACCCAACACCAUGUCACAACGUCGCUUUGCAAUCAUCUCAGCACCCACGCAGCUGCGUCCGCGAGCCCGUCGCCGCAUCAGAUGCGACCACUUCCGCCGCUGCGCGACCUGAAGCUAUCUUGGACACCCGCGGCUGAGUCAGGAUGCUAACCAUGGCCCACUUGUCUAGGCCGAUUCUUUAUCGCGUCCUUUUCAUCGGCCGUUUCCUCCCCGCGUCUGCCUCUCCCUCCACAUCUCCUACGCACCAUGGCUACCCAUACGAUACCUACGAGGUCCACCUCACACCCUGACGAUCCUAUACCCUCUGAACCGCAAAACAUCCCCGUGCUGAAGCCCGAGAAGACGAGCUCCUCGAGCUCCCAGCCCGACACCGGAUCGCCCAAGUCCGCGGGCGAGUCCAUGCUCUGGAGCAGUCACAGCAGCGAUGAAGACGCUCCAGUAACCCCCGUCACGGAGCCCCCAGAGGUCGACGACAUAAUAGACAAACUCGAAGCCCUCCCCGCCGCCGUCGUCGAUGUCAAUGGGCCGAAACCCCAGCCCGGUCGCCGCCGCGCCUCGACAACCCUUAUAUCAGACAGCCCAUCCGACAUCAGACGGAUCCUGGGUGAGGGAGAGACAGCAACCAAGCUCAUCAGCCAGUGCUGCGGAGGAGGAUGCUGUCUGCUCAAGACAUUGGCUCCGGAUACCGCGUCGCCCGAUUUUGUGCCUGUUGUCAUACCUGACAAUGUCGCCUUCAGAAGUUUAAAUCUUCAAUUGGGACCGCUGUCUCUGGAUACGGAGCUUACCAAUACAUUCGAGCUACCUCCAGUCAACAUGGCAUUCGAGGGCCUCCCUUCGAAGGACACGAAGCACGCUACCACCGUUUACAAGGAGCCACCGCCAUUUGUUCAGCCGCAUCCGCCGUAUUCCGUCUUUCCCGCGCCGCUGUACCAUGCACGCGAAUUGACCAAGCCCGGAGCCGAGAAGCGGACAUUUCACUUUGAUAUCGACGUCACGGACUAUCCCGAUGAGGGUGGUGUGGAUUUCAAGGUUGGCGGUGCUAUUGGCGUGUGCCCACCCAACUCCCAGGAAGUCGUUAACGAACUUUUUGAUAUAUUAUGCAUUCCUCAGUUUGUUCGCGACAAGCCUGUUACGCUCAAGACCAAGUCCGGACGCUGGCCGACAAUAUGGGGUGAUGAUCAGCCGCGAGAGCUCAUCACCACACGCCGGGAGCUCCUGACGUGGUGUACUGAUGUGCAGUCCAAUCCGCCGACCAAAGCUCUCCUUCGCGUCAUGGCCGAGUACGCUGAUGCGCCGAAUGAGAAGAAAAUUCUGCUCUACCUGUGCUCCGCCGAAGGACAGGCCGCCUUCUGCGAUCUGCGUACGACGUCACACAUCACGGUCGCGCAACUUCUCCAUGCGUUCCCUUCGUCAAAGCCGAACCUCGCUCAUCUGCUUUCCGUCCUCAACCAACUCAUGCCUCGCUUCUACUCGCUCUCAAACGAUCCGCAUAUCUCGUCCGCCCGUCCUGGUCUUCCCGGCAGUCGGAGACUGAUCGAAAUUGCUGUCACAAUCCAUGAGACCCCAGAUUGGCAUCAUAAAGGCGCCAUUCGGACAGGCGUUGGCAGCGGCUUCAUGGAGCGCGUGGCGACGGCGUUCAUCAAUUCUGAGAAUGAGGGUGUUGAUCGCAGCAUACUGGAUCUGCGGAUUCCCAUGUUCCGUGGUCUUAUGGCGAAUCCCCUGUCAAAGGAGUUCCAUGGAGAAGGUCCCAUGGUCCUGAUCGGCGCCGGGGUCGGCAUGGCGCCGUUCCGCGGCUUCAUCCUCAACAGGCUCAAGAACGCGAACUGCGCGAACAAGAUAUGGCUCAUCCAAGGUGUACGCGACUCCAUGCUGGACGAACUGUAUUCUGGCGAGCUGGGCGAUCACGAGCGCGAAAUCAAGAAGGUCGUACAGAGUCGUAAAGUCCGGUCAGGCUAUAGCGAAGCCAAAUAUGUCCAGGACGAGGUUCGCGUCCAAGCCGAUAUCGUCUGGUUCGUCAUCAAUGCACUGGAUGGCCGCGUAUUCGUCUGUGGUAGUAGCAAAGGCAUGGGUGAAGGCGUCCACGAGGCUCUUAUUGAUGUCGCCAUGCGUAAGGGCCGCAUCAGUGAGGAAGAGGCGCGAGAGUUCUGGGAUAAGAAGAGGGAAGAUGGGCAGUAUAUUGCUGAAACUUGGUAAAACACCCAUGAUCACAAUCCUUUCCAACAUCUGCUUCGACUUGAUCUGUUACGGUCCCGUCCUGUACAUAUCCUUCAUGUUCGGCGUUCCACAAAAGGGAGUUUCGUGUUAUGAUUACGGGUUUCUUCUCUUGGAUUCCAUUCUCUCCUUAAAGCAUGGCGGGAGGUCAUUAUUGUUUUCUUGCGCCAUUCUGCGUAUACACCAAUUGCAUAGCUCUGGCGCGGAGAGUUUGCUGUUUUUCCUGGUCCCAACGAGUCUCAAUGAAAAGCUAAGGGGCGGUCCGCUGCCUCAGUUCCCGCAAAAGGCCACGAGAUUAGAUAUGGACGUAAGUCGACACUAUACUUAUGAGAGAGUCUGAAGUCGAACAUCUACAAUAAAGAGGAUUCGUAUUAUCAUUCAAG